AUGAGUUCAAGAGCAUUGAGGAAAUUGCAGAACGAUGAGGAACUUUUAGAAUCGCUUUUGAAGACAUCUGGUUCGAAGGAGGCCUCGCCAGCGGCCGCUAAGACUGCAACACCGAAAGUUAACAUGUUUGCUCUUAUGAAUGAUGAGGAUGCUGAUGAAUGUUUGGAAGAUGGAGAAGAUGAAAUUGACGGCGAUUCAUGUUAUGACAAGCAGGUUGAGCAAGUAGAGGUCCAGCUGCCUACUAAAUCGCAGAGAAAGAAGAUGAAGAAGAACAAGAAGAGAGGGAAAAAGACGAAUUCUCGGGAGAUUGAGCAAAAUGAUGCCAAAAAUGACAUCGAAGAGAAUGAGUUGGAUGAAAUUAUCCAGCAGUUUCGCAAGAAAGAUGUACAAAAGUAUGGGCUACAGGAUGAAGAAAUUUCAGACGAGUUCCACACAGCAUAUGAAUCUGAAGACGAUGAAAUAGCAAGAGCAGUCACAAUGGGCGACCUUAUAGGCGACAGCGGGUUUUCAAAUUUUCCGAGAAAAGGACUCCGUAGCUACCAGAGAUUCUUCAACGCUGACUUCAAGAAACUUGACCCGCACUACGAAUUCAAACUGUUGUUUGGCGACCUCAGCACGAAGUCGUUGGAAGAUAUCGACUCGAUGACGACCUCUCACGUCUCGCCGCAGCAGCUGAAGCAGCUUCAGCGUAUGAAACGUCUGAUAAAAAACUGGGGCGGGAAAGAUCAUCGCUCAGUGCCCAAUGGACCGGGCUCCAGUGCACACCGUUUACAGUUUACAAAAGUUAGAGAGGAUUGGCUGCCAACUCCAAGAGGUGAACUAGCCUUGAAAGCAUUAACGUUGAAUGACUUACGUGAGUGGCAGAUGUGGCAGAGACCUAGAGAUUGGAAAGAUGUCAUCGAUGAGGACAUCCAGGAAAUGAAGAAAUCCAUUGCAUUCUAUAAAUUUGAGCCCUUGAGUCCUGAUGUGAACAGAAAGGCAAUGACGGAGUUUUAUCUCAGUACGAUCUUGCAUCCAGACCAUGAGGCUUUGAUUCAUCUCAUAUCUUCGAAGUAUCCUUAUCAUGUGCCGGCAUUACUUCAAGUAGCUCUUAUUCUGAUUAGACAGGGGGAUAGGUCAAACACUAAUGGUCUUCUUCAGAGAGCUCUGUUCGUUUUUGACCGUGCUUUGAAGUCUGGAAUCCAGUUCAACUCACUUUCAUGCCAGCUGCCAUACAUCUACUUCUACAACAGACAGUUUUACUUUGCGAUAUUCCGCUAUGUGCUAGCCUUAGCGCAACGAGGAGCGGUUGCAACUGCAAGCGAAUGGUGCAAAGUUCUUUGGUCACUAAGCCCAUUGGAAGAUCCGCUAGGAUGUAGAUACUUCAUUGACCACUACUUACUGCUGAACAACGACUACCAGUAUCUGAUAGACUUAUCGAAAUCCGCGCUAGUUACUUCUUACAAGCAAUGGUGCACACUAGGGUUGGCCUUGAGUGCUGUAUUGAGUUACCUGAGGGUAGGACUCCCGGAAGAAGCUCGCAAGGCUUUAAGAAACUCUUUCAACCUCCAUAUCAACUCCUAUUCCAUGAUGUUCAUUGAAAAGCUAUCUGGGGAUCCCAGUUUGACCGCCGGAGCUGAACUGAAGAUUACUUCUUCGGAAUUAAUUGAGACAAAGGCAUAUAUGGCUAGAUUUGCGACAGUGUGGUCAAAGCCUGAGGAAAUUACUUUUCUACGUGAUGAGAUGGCUUCUCUGUACAAGAUAAUUCGUGAGGGAAAAGCUGAUUUUAUGCAAGUUUCAGUAGCUGAAUGCCAUGACUGUGACGGUGAAAAUCCUUUAUUCAUCAAAGGAAUGCCAGUCAACUUACUUCGAUUUGCCAUUUUAUCUGAAGAGCCUUCAGUGAUGGGCUCAUUACCACCCCAGAUUUGGGAAGACAACGAGGUUUACGAGUUCGAUGUCCUACCGCCAACCCCGACUUCGAAAGAGUCAAUCGAAGUCCUAGAGACAGUCAAGAAUUUCAUAGAAGAGAAAGAAUUAAUCACUCAUGAAAUGGAAAGGAUGCAAGACGAGGAAAUUUUGAAUCAGGUAAGGCAAAUGUCCCUUGAACAAUUCUUAGAGGAGAAUCCCAACGCUGGAGUUGAGUAA